AUGGCAGCAAUCUUUGCUAAUAUACGGCAGCAACAAGUCAAUGACACAAAUCCGAAUGGGAGACAAUGCCAAUAUGACAUACUUCAUAUCUCUACCAACGCAAUUGGCACAAAGAUCGCCAAUACAAGGGACGACAAGGCGAUAAGAAUAUGGAAGCUAGUGGCCCUGGGACCCACAGAUUGCGUCCUUAUCCCCAGUGGGCACGCAGAACCAGUGAAACGAAUAUCAUGGCUCCCAACUUCGGACAAUCGCUUUGCCAGUGUGGGUGGUGAUGGUUACCUCAAGCUUUGGACACUGGCGGGAACUCUAGAAAGAGAGAUACGCGUUUCUACUGAGAGAACCGAGAACAAGUUCCGCUUGGUAGACUAUUCUGUUGAUGGACUGUACUUGUCGCUAACAAAUGAGGAUACUCUUGUCAUAGUAGAUGUGAACGAUGGCUACAAGAAAGUACAUGAGAUGCAGUUUUCGGACGCUAUAUCGGAAGUGAAAUGGCUGAAUGAUCCGCAUACGCUUCUAGUCGGGCUUGUGAACGGGUGUAUCAAUUUCUUACAACUUAAAGAAAAUCUCGAGGUAGUUUACACGCUAUCGGGGCCUCGUUCGGCUGUUAAUUGCAUAGCUAUAGACCCUAAAGGAAGGUUUAUCUGCGCUGGAAAUGAAGAUGGCAUCGUUUUCUUUUACAAUACAGCAGACUUGCAAAACAGCAAGACCAUUACAAAAGUUGAUGAGUCCAUAACAUCUCUCGACAUAAUCAAGGAUGGAAAUUACGUCGCGGUGGGCUAUGAAAAGGACUGCAAUAUCCACAUUUAUGAAUGUGGAACUCUAGAGAAGAUUCAUGAGAUCAAAGACCCUUCGUGUAAGGUUUUGAAAUUGCCUCUUUUCAAGUGGUUACCAACAGUUAACGGCUACAUAUACACCAGCAAUCAGAAUCGCCUGAUGAACGUUGCUAGGAAAGCAUAG